CCGCCGGUUCGGUCAGUGAAGAUAAACACCAAAGCCGGGGACGGCAGUCGAGACUAGGAUUCGACGAUCAAAUGGACCGGGUCUGGCACGUUAAAUGCAAAAGAUAGGCGACAUGAUCAACUCCGUAUCUUAAGGUUAGGGUCUAUACUUCUAACUUUUCUAGCGACUAGCUACAGGUCAAUCGGCCUCGAACUCCACUCGAUCCACGGACCAAAUGACCAGUCCCAAAGAAAAAAAUCGAGGUUCGCCAGAUUCCUUGGAUCGCCUGGGAAUGAUCAGCGCGCUUAGCGUGGAAUGGGAGCUCCAUGUUUGUGUUUUCCCCCUCUAGGCUUUAGGCUUUUCCUCCGCAGCUUCAUCUUCAGCUUUAACCUCGUCCUUUCACUUUUACCUCUAGCUUGUCACUCCCUUGAAAUCUUCUUAUUUUUAGCUUGGACCUGGCCGAUCACCGGAUCGUUCCUCCCACCCCCCGCCGUACUUCGUCAUUUCAUCGCACCUUGCAUCCUCCCCUCUCCUUCCCGCCCCUCACUUUUCCGGAUCACCAGUACCUCGUGAUCUACGAUCCUGAAUCACGAAUGCGCUCGACCUGAAAUGCUAAGACCCCGCGCUCCCAGGGGACUCUGACUCUUCGCCCGUUCAGUUCCCCCGAGGCGAUGGCCACCACCGCGCCCCUCAGCGCGAAACCCAAACUCGCCGGACCGGGUGCCUCCUUGAAAAUCACCCCGUCCAAUUCUCCCAUUCUCCGACCUGGAGCUCGUUCACCGAGCAAACCCUCACAUCAAUCGACCUUGUCUCUCCAGACCGUGCUGGGAACCACCACCACAACCCCCAAUGGCUUCUCCAGUCACGACCAGAGCAAGAGCUUUGCGCUGUGCGCCGGGUCUGCGGCGGUACUCGCCGAACUCGACGACGAUGGAAACCUCUGUCAGCGCUUCUUUCGAGCUCGCCCGUCGGCAACGAGCGUAAACCCGACCACGACGUCUUUCUACAAUCAAUCAACUCCUCCAACGACCCCGGACUCUCGUUCGCGAUCGCUUUCCCACAUUCGCUCAAACCCGCAUCUCAACGUUCCCAAUGGUUCACCAUCGAAUGAAGCUGCCGACAAUGGCAGCCCCCGCGGCUGGUCGUCCAGGGAAAGGAUCAAAGCAGUGACGAGUGUCUCCAUUAGUCCCAAUGGUCGGUUCCUGGCCGUGGGAGAGACUGGCUACAACCCCCGCGUCCUUAUCUUUUCCACCGCCCGAGACGCCUUACCCGAUGUUCCUUUAUCCAUCCUCAGCGAACACACUUUUGGGGUGUGCAGCCUGGCUUUUAGCCCGGACUCACAAUAUUUGGCCACCCUGGGCAAUCCCAACGAUGGGUUCCUUUUCAUCUGGGCUAUCAAUCUAAAGAAUGGAUCAGCAAGGCUGCAUUCUACGAAUAAAUGCACUUCUUUCGUUCGCGACAUGUGCUGGGUGGGCCAGACGCUGGUUACUACUGGUGUACGCCAUGUCAAAGUAUGGCGACUUCCAACCGUAAGGCCGGUAUCUCCGACAAAAUCCAGGUUGACCGUGGAUGGGGCCCCGUCGCCUAACCCGGCCCCGAAAGCCCUGUCUGGCAGGAAUUGCAUUUUGGGCCAGCUAAACGACCAUACCUUCAGCUGUAUCAGUAGCAUUUCUGACCAAGAGGCCGUGGUGGGCACCGAAUCGGGAGCUGUCUGCCUCCUUGACGAACGUGAUGGGUUUCAGAGAUUAUCCGUGGUCACGCAGGUUGCAUUUGCUGUCACAUCCAUGACGGUGGAUUUCGACCGAGAGUCGAUAUGGCUGGGUGGGCGUGGCAGGAGAAUGCAGCGAUUGUCAUUUGAAUUUCUGCGAACGUCUACUAUUUCAUCUCCACCAUCUCCUACCAAGUUGGAGAAGCUUGUAGUGGACAAGAAAUCAAAGACACCUGCCAUUACUUGCAUGGGAUGUCUAUCGUCCCACAUGGUCACGGUAGAAGCGACCAAGGAAAUACACAUCUACCCUAUCGAAACCUUGCCUGAUGAAGUCGAGCAAGAGCUUGGGGAGAUUUCCAUGCCAGCUCAUCGAGACCCAGUUCUAGGCAUUCGUCCGCUCAAAGUGCCCAACGGGUUCUCGGCAGAUUUCUUCUCAUGGUCCCGCAAUGGCUCGGUCAACUUCUGGGAUGCACGCGGCAAAUGUGUUGGUUUGAAGACGGUGGUUGUCGAGCAAAGCGUGGCAGGGGAUGAGGAUGUACCCAACGAGUUGAAAGUUCUGAGAGCCGCAGACAAUGCAGCCUGGUUCGUGGCAGGUGAUAAAUACGGUGUACUGAGGGUUUACUCGGGCGAAGAAUGGAAGUGCAUUGACGAAGCCCGCGCUCAUGGAGGCGAGAUCACGGAUAUUGCCCUUCAAAAAACCGAGGAUACAUGGUUGGUGGCCAGUUCUGGCCGCGAUCGCAUGGUGCAGCUCUUCCAGAAGACGGACUCAACUCUGCAGCUGGUGCAGACCAUGGAUGAUCACGUUGGGGCAGUAGGACAAAUUAUGUUCCUGAAUGAGGGCGAGAAAUUACUCUCAAGCUCCGGUGAUCGUACGGUGCUGAUCCGGGACCGUGCGACUAGAGACGAAGAUGGUGCGACCUCCAUUGCGUACCUCAUCACCAGAGUCAUUACUAUGAAGUCGUCUCCGAUAUCCAUGGCGCUUUGUCCGGAUGACUCCAAUAUCCUUUUCGUCUCAACUAUGGACCGCUGUAUUUCCAAGUUCGACAUCCCCUCAGGACGACAAUUGCACUCUUUCCGCGCAUUGGACUCUGAAACGAAUGAUGCGGUGAUCAUGAGCUCUUUGACGGUCACCUCGGAGAUUCCCGGUCAAAGCCCCAAGCUUCUGAUCGGAGUCUCUAGCACUGACAAGUCGAUUCGAGUCUACGACUUGGAGAAAGAUAACUUGCUCACUGGAGAAUUUGGUCAUACGGAGGGAGUCAGCGAUGCGCUGCUUCUCGAACAAUACGAAGAUUUCGAGGACGGUCCCACAAUCAAGCGAAAUCUCAUCUCUGCCGGCAUGGACGGUAUUCUGAUGAUUUGGAACCUCUGUGUCCAGCCGCAUGUUCCACCAGAGGGUCAAAACGGGCGAGACGAUGAAGGUCCCGUCAAAGAAUCAACUGCAGCCAAGCCUCCACUCCGAAAGGUCCUCUCGCGGAGUGAACUAGCUGGGUUCCAGCGACUUGACAACCCGAGUCCCUUGGGAACACCAACUCCCGCUCGGGAACGCUCUCCGACGCUCACCAAGAAGAUGUCUAAAUUAUCUUUGACCCCAUCUACGUUAAAGAACAACUCUUUCGCCGAAACACCAUCUCCUCCAAACCGUCGCUCCCCAAUCUGCUUCACCCCAACAGACAACAUCCGACGAUCGCCGUCUCCAGUCAGCCCUAGAACAAAGUCAUACUCUUCCGCCUCCAAAAAGCCCAGCAGUGCAAAAAGUACCAAUCGCCGUACCUCGAUGGACUUCCGCACACGCACCAAAGCAUCCAGCCGCAGCGAGUUCGGCAGCUUAGAAAUGUCCACCGAACAGCUCUGUCGGACUCUACGAGCAUACCGCAAGAAACUCAACGGUUCAACGAAGCAACUUCAGUCACAGAAGGAGCUCGAGCGGGAACUGAACUUGACCAUGCGGGCCGUCAGCGCACGUUUCCAGAAUAGCGACGAAAGUGCCGAGACGGAGACGGAUAGCAGUGGCAAAGACAUGGAUCGGAAACCGAGCUAUUCGUCUACUUCUUCUCGGUCAUCGCAUCUUCCUCGUCAUAUGCCAUCAACGCCUUUAUUGCGACAUAAAGGGAUGCGCCAGGUCUCGAGAAGUCGCUCUUAUGAUGCUAAUGGCGAUGAAUGAAACAUCUACAUAUACACCUUGCAUUACCUCUCCUACUCCUUCUCUCCGGGAUGUUAAUAUUCUCAAAGCGGCAUCCAUUUUUCUUUGCCAUUUCGGGAGCCUCCGCAUUGCUGGUGCGAGUGAUUAGUAUCAGCGGCCCAAUUUGCUUAUUCUGCCUUCUUUUUUUUAUCCCCUGGCAUAUGGCGACUCUACUUAUUAUUUCGUUCGAUUCCAUUUUCAUUCUUCCGCUACGUUUGCAUCGCUUUCUCCAACCUGUGGAGCAGGGCGACUUUCUCUCGUUCUUCUUUUUCAUCUUCAUUUCCUAUUCUUCUCUUCUGAUGAUACCCACAUUAUUAUAUCAAAGUCGCUCCUGGCUACGUCUCCAGAGCUUACAUUUACAUUUAGACACUUUCUUUUUCUCCCUUGCCAAUUUCUUUUGGAGUUAUCGAUAUUCAGCAUCAUAGAAUUCUAGCGAUACUCGUAAUAUACUCUGUUUCCUCUGCCAUAAUCUCGUGUCUUCUCUGCUUCGUCUUCCAUGUGAAAU